AUGCCGAUCCGGAACCCUUUCGCACGGCGGCCCGGCGGCAACCUUGCCGUCCAGGACGAGAAUGUGCGCCCCGGCUCGUCGUCUGCCGGGUCUGGGUCCGACGACCCCGCGCAUCCCGGCUUCGAGCGAGUAGACACGGUCGGGUCCAAAGCCUCGUCGGCGCUGAGCAUUGGCAGCCGCCGGAGCCAGGAUACCGGCGAGUACAAGAUGAGUGUGGUCAACGAUAGCGGAGUCUAUCUACCGCCGUCUCCCGUAGAAAAGGAAGCAACAUGGCCCCGGCGGUACCUGUCGCGGACCUCGAGCGACAGGAGCAGCGUGGCCGAGAUUGAGCACUUUUCCAUCUCACGAGAGUCGUUCGAUUCGUACAGACGGUCCUUUGACAUUUGCGCUAAGAGCCCCAUCGUCGUCACCGACCCAGCACCUCGGCAAAGUCUUGAUUCCCCACGGUUCGCGCGCAUGCCGCGGUCAGCACUAGGCGAGCGGCGCUUCGAGCGCGAGCCGCCGACGCCCGAAGAGAACUUUGAAGAGGUUGGGCUCAACGACGAGAGCAACAGCCACAACAAGCAGUCGUCGCCGUUCGCGCAAGCGCCCAAGAAACGGGGAUUCUUCGCAAAGUUCGGGUCCGACGCCACAGCGGACAACAGCAACGCCGCCGGUCCUAUUAGCACCACCGGCGGAGGCGUCACGUCACCGGCGGCGGCUCAGGGGGGCAUGUCCCGCUUCCUCCCCGGCCGCAAGAGAGGGCAGAGCGGCCAGGGCGCCGAGCUGGGUGCCAUGCCCGUCAUCUACUCGCCCCCGCCGUCGUCGUCGAUGGACAGGCCGCCGACGUCCACUUCUGCCUCGCUGCAGGCCCAGGAGGUCCAGUCCUGA